AUGGAAGACGUAUUGGCAGACACAAAUAUAUUGGUAAAAGAGUAUGUAUGUGAUGUGGAGAGUCCAAGCUCUCGUACUCUGCCAGACAUAUGCAAUGAAAUGAGGGGCUGUAUCAUUGACUCAAAUAGCUAUACCUUUGGAUGGAAAAACGAUCUCAUUCUGAAAGAUAGCGACAACAAUGAGCUCAAUACAGGCGGGUUCAAGAGGAAAAAUGUCUGCAAUUCGGUCAAGGUCUCCAAAAAGAUACAAAACAUUCGUGAUUAUCCGGCUCUCCUGAUUGAAUCAAAGAAAUCCACCCAAAGCAACAUUGCUGAGGAUGGUAUUGAUAAUAUUGGUGACAGAAGGUAUAUACACGAGGCCAUUUAUUAUCAGGACGUGAUAGGCGUCGAAAUGGAACACACCACACAUUUUGGCCUCCCUGAAGCAUUUUGGCGAUACAUUGAAUAG